UUAAAUCACAUUGUUUUUUAGUUAAAAACAAACGUAAACUAUUUCGAAUCUCUUCCGUUUCAUACUAUCAAAUUGUCCGUGCGAUGACCACCAAUGCGAAUAAUUCCAUUCCGAAGGCGAGCUCCGUAAUUCUGGCGGGACUUGGAGUGGCCGCCGUGGGAUUCGCCGGGAAGCACCUGAUGCGCCGCAUGCCCCAGAUGACCACCAAAUUCAACGAGGCCCUCAAGAACCUGCCCAAAUUCGAUGCGGAGAGCAUGGCCGCCUCCAAAUACUACAAGGGCGGCUUCGAUCCCAAGAUGAACAAGCGGGAGGCGUCCCUAAUCCUGGGCGUUAGUCCCAGUGCGUCCAAGAUAAAGAUUAAGGACGCGCACAAGAAGAUCAUGCUGUUGAACCAUCCGGAUCGAGGGGGAUCUCCCUACUUGGCCGCCAAGAUCAACGAGGCCAAAGACUUUCUGGACAAAGCGAAGUAGUCAUCCUUUCCCCGCCUUUCAGUGCAAAUAAAGUAGUAGUUUGUGAUUAGCAUGUAAGCUAAA